CCUUGCCGCCCCCCCCGCCGCCGCCUUGCCCUGGGAAUGGCUGCGAAGCGCCUUGCUAUUGUCAUGUCGCCUUCUUUCCUGCACCCCAGCUUCGCCUUCAGCUCGCCCUUCGACCCCGACGGCACCCCCCUUAGCGAGCUCUCCUGGUCCUCGUCACUCGCCGUGGUGGCGCUUUCCUUCUCUGGUCUCUUUACCUUCAUCUUCCUCAUGUUGGCCUGUCUGUGCUGCAAGAAGGGAGACAUUGGCUUCAAAGAAUUUGAGAAUGCUGAGGGAGAAGAUUACGUGACCGAGUUCUCGGUGCAGGGCUCCCCGGCCACACAGAAUGGCCCCGAGGUUUACAUCCUGCCCCUCACCGAGGUGUCGCUCCCCAUGGCCAAGCAGCCAGGGCGCUCAGUGCAGCUGCUCAAGUCUACGGAUCUGGGUCGGCACACCCUCCUCUACCUGAAGGAGAUCGGGCACGGCUGGUUUGGGAAGGUGUUCCUGGGGGAGGUGAACUCGGGGCUCAGCAGCAGCCAGGUGGUGGUGAAGGAGCUGAAGGUGAGCGCCAGCGUGCAGGACCAGAUGCAGUUCCUGGAGGAAGCCCAACCAUACAGGGUUCUCCAGCACACGAACCUGCUGCAGUGCCUGGCCCAGUGCGCCGAGGUGACGCCCUACCUGCUGGUCAUGGAGUUCUGCCCGCUGGGCGACCUGAAGGGCUACCUGCGGAGCUGCCAGGUGGCCGACUCCAUGGCCCCCGACCCCCUCACCCUGCAGAGGAUGGCUUGCGAAGUGGCGUGUGGCGUCCUGCACCUGCACAAGAACCAUUACGUGCACAGCGACCUGGCUUUGCGGAACUGCUUACUCACUGCUGACCUGACCGUCAAAAUCGGGGACUACGGCCUCUCUCACUGCAAGUACAAAGGUGACUACUUCGUGACGGCCGACCAGCUGUGGGUGCCGCUGCGCUGGAUCGCGCCCGAGCUCAUCGACGAGGUGCACGGCAACCUGCUCAUUGUGGAUCAGACCAAAUCCAGCAACGUCUGGUCUCUGGGCGUGACGAUCUGGGAGCUGUUUGAGCUGGGAAACCAGCCGUACUACUGCUACUCCGACCGGCAGGUGCUCACCUACGCCAUCAAGGAGCAGCAGCUCAAACUGCCCAAGCCCCAGCUGAAGCUGUUGCUGUCUGAGCGCUGGUACGAGGUGAUGCAGUUCUGCUGGCUGCAGCCCGAGCAGAGGCCGACCGCGGAAGAGGUGCACCUGCUGCUCUCCUACCUGUGUGCCAAGGGGGCGACGGAGGCAGAGGAGGAGUUCGAGAGGCGCUGGAACUCCAUGAAGCCCAACAGCAGCUCCAGCAGCAGCCACCGCAGCACUGAGGUCUCCUCCUUCCCGCUGCUGGAGCAGUUCUCUGCCGAAGGCUUCCACUCGGACGGGGACGACGUCCUGACUGUCAUGGAGACCAGCCAGGGCCUCAACUUCGAGUACAAGUGGGAGCCCAGCAAGGCUGAGUGCUUCCAGGUGCCCGCGGGGGCCCUGAGCCCGAGCAGUGCCGCCCCGUACCAGGACUUGUACUACCCCACCAGCUCCAUGGGGCGGCUGAGUCUUGGCGUCUCGCCGUCCUGCUACGAGUGCAAGCAGCAGGGCUGCCCGAGCCUGCACGCACCCAGCGUGGUGCCCAUCCUGGGCGCCCGCAGCCCCUCGCUCAGCAGUGAGUACUACAUCCGCAUCGAAGGGCCCUCCGAGGGUCGCACCGAGCUGGACUAUGCCAUGUGCUCCUACAGCCCCAACUGUGAGUAUGGCUCCCCGGCCAAGGGGUCCCGCUGGCAAGCCAAGGGGGGCCAGGACAGUGGCACGUAUGACUCAGAUAACAGCCCCACUGGCUCCCUGACCAUGGAACCCCUGCUGGGCCCCGCCCCGCCCAGCGAGGGCUCUUGGGAGCAUCCCGAUUACUACCCCUACCAAUGCCACAGCAAGGAGCCCCCGUACUACCAGCCAUCCCCAGGCAAUGGCGCCGACCACUACCUGCUGGAGGAGGAGCCCUUGGAGGCCGGCAGCAAGGAGUGGCAGGUCCCCAGCUUCCGGAAGAACAUCUUUCAGGACCCUCUGGGCAUCUCCCCAUCAGUGAACUGUGCCUACGGCCCCCCGGGUUAUGAGGAGCCCCACCCAGCCUCCUUCGGGGGGAGGCUGCUGGAGUGUGUGGGGCAGAAGGUGGCCAGCAGGACUCAGGGCUCCAGGCUGGACUGCAUCACCCUGGAGCUGGGUGAGGAGAGCCCGUGCGGCAGCCCCCGGUGCGGGAGCAGAGAGCACGUGAGCGGGCUGGUCCCGGAGGAUGUGAACACAGAGGUGCAGAGACAGCACUGGACGUCCAACAGCUCGGCCAACAACAACAGCAGCAACUGCCCCCCGCCGCCCUGCGAGCCCCCUGCCAACGACAGCUGGUGUUACCGCCACAUGAUCACCUUCCGGGGACUUAUGGCCGAGCCCCUGGACUCGGUGCCACGUGACGAGGCCCAGCUCAGGGACGCCUUGCAGGAGAGGAGGAGCCCAUUGGUCAAGGACUUGCAGCUAGCACUGCAGGACCAGCCCCUCACCGAGACCCAUAGCUUCUGCUUGGAUCCUGGGCAGCGCAGGACCCCGAGCAACAAAGAGGACUCUUCCUCUUCCUCCUCUUCCUCCCCCCACGGCCUGGGAGACUGGGAGAGCCAUGACUCAUCCGCUUUCGACCUUUCGGAAGACACAGCGCUGGCCGGCGUUUCCGGUUCACGGCGUGCCUCCGGUGCAGCGCUCCCUACAGACUCCUCGGCCGGAGCUGCAGCCCAGAUGUGCCUGGAUGAUCCCAGCACAGUAUCAAGACAAGCCGAGAGAGGGGAGGGGAAUCACCAUGCCCAAAUGCCACAGCCAAGGGGUAUGGAUCCACCAGGGCCUGUUGAUAUGGGACAUGCCGAGACAGGGGCAGCUUGCCAGCUAUCUGAGAGCACCUCUGUGCCAGCUGAGGGGGCAGCCCUCCUGCUAAGUCCUGGGGAGUGGGCUGUCCCGUAUGCCCACACAGAGGGCAACUCUUGUGCAGACUGCACCCAGAUCCCUUCAGAGGCUUCUGAGGCAGCUGGCAAAGUGCCCGGAGACAUUGCAGUGGAGAGUGGGAAGAGCAUCACAAGUGACCUGGACCGGACCCCAGACAAGACCUUCUCCAGCACCAGCUUCCCUGACAUGGAUGACUGCAGUGACGAAGAUACGACGGAGCUCACGUCUGGUGUCUUCACUGACUUCUCCGGAGACUUCGUGGAACGAGUGGACGUGAUCCCAUCCUUCAAGUCUCUCCAGAAGCAGGUGGGGACGCCGGACUCCCUGGAAUCCCUCGACAUCCCAUCCACAGCCAGCUCCUGCGAAGUCUUCAGCCCCAUCAGCUACAUCCCCUCCAGCCAGCCCAAGGCCUUGGACAGCGGCUAUGACACCGAGAACUAUGAGUCCCCGGAGUUUAUCCUAAAGGAGCCGCAUGAGCCCAGGGAGCCAGAGACUUUCACCCACCUGGGGAAGUCGCCUGUAGGCCUGGCAGCGGGCGAAGGAGAUGUUGUGGCCUCAGAGAUGCACCUCUCCUCAUCCUUCAGCGCUGAGCUUCACGGCCUGAGCGAGAAGAACCCGUACCGCGACUCAGCCUACUUCUCAGACUACGACACCGACGCCGAGAGGUACCUCAAGGAAGAUGAGGACAGCGAUGGGUCUGAAGCGCCGGACAGGGAGGCGGGGUGCUCGCAACUGGAUGCACAAGACCUGGGAAGAGCCCCGAGCCAAAACAGUGAUGGAGAGGAGCCACCCCAGCCCCGCCACACCCCUGACAGCCCUCAGGGAGCUGCUUGCACCAUGGGGACUGGAGUUUCUGGUGUAGGCUUCUCAAUGGCAGGUGAAGGGGUGAGCCCCAGGGAAGGGAGUGUCCAGGCUGCCCACCCAGAACCAGAGCUGGAGCCGGAAGGUGCCGCCAGGGCUGAGGAGACAGCUGCAGGCCACAAACCAGACUCAGACUGCUCCAGAGAUACGACCUGGGAGGAGUGCCCUGCCAUCCCCAGCAUCCCAGCAGCGUCUGUGCCAUGCAAGUCCUUCUUCCUGUCACCCGUGGUAAUGAGCCCGGAGGGCCCAGUCCUGCUGGUCCUGGCCAAAGCUGGUGGAGAAGAACUCGUGCAGGAGGGGCUCUCAGGCCCGCUGGGUGAGGCGGUGGCUCCUAGCUCCGAGCCUGAGGGGCCAGAGCACCCGUUAGAGGAGCCAGGGGUGCGAGUGGCCCCAGAAGGGGAAGCGCAGGAGGGUCCUGGCAGGGCCCUGGCAGAAGAGUUGUCAAUAGCUCAGGGCCAGCAGUUGUCCCUCGACCUCUCCCUGCGGCCGGCCCACGCGGAGCUGCGGCCACCCGGCCCCGAGCGGCGGGAGGAGCCUGAGGAGGAGGAGGAGGAGGACACCGAGGACAGCGACGAGUCGGACGAGGAGCUGCGCUGCUACAACAUCCAGGAGCAGAGUGAGGAGAGCGAGGACGAGCCGGCUGCCGUGCCCAUUGUGGUGGCUGAGAGCCACAGUGCCAGCAACCUGCGCAGCCUGCUCAAGAUGCCCAACCUGCUGUCCCAGGCCUUCUGCGAGGACCUGGAGCGGAAGAAGAAGGCCGUGUCCUUCUACGACGACGUCACUGUCUACCUCUUUGACCAGGAAAGUCCCACUCGGGAGCUCAGUGAUCAGACGUUCCCAGAGGUCACGGCCCCUUCGCCGCAGCCCGUACAGAGCAACAGCACCAGCCCCACAGGCCCGGUGGACAGACUGAGCGCAUCUGACGACUCCUCGGAUGGCCACGCCUCUGAAGAGAGCAGUGGAUUCGAGUGGGAUGACGACUUUCCGCUCAUGCCCGUGAAGUCAUCGUUAAUGUCCUCACUGACGGUGACGCCGGUGAUGCCAGUCUCGGCCGUCCCCAGCCUUCCCUCGCUGGUCCCAGUGCAGAAGCAGGUGCUGCCGAUCCAGUUCUCCCGGUUCACCGUGUCUGCUGCGCCGGUGUCCAGGUUCUCCAUCACACACGUCUCUGACUCGGAUAUAGAGUCCGUAGGAGGCAGCAGCGAAGACGGUGACAGAGACUGAGCCUGCCCACAUGGUUGCGUGGAGGUCUCCUGGUCUCGGUGUCGGCCUCAGGGCCAAGGAGAGAGGCUGAAGGACGGGAGCCAGGCACAGCACCCGGGCUCCUGGGACCUUGCUCUAUUUUUCUAGGCAGAUUUUAUCGGAAGGAUUUUGUUUGCUGCUAGCCGGACUCGCUCCCGGUGGCACUGCAGCGAGGCGGUUGGUGAUGACCGUGCGUGUGCGUGGGUGGGUGGGUGCGUGCGUGUAUAAAUAUACAUACAUAAAUUAUAGCAUUUAAAGGGUAGCGCUGUGACCUUGCUAACAUCACUGAGUCGCCACGCUGGCCAUUUUGCGACCCAGCAGCUCACACCUCGUAGCUUCUUGCCCCGCGUCUUCCCUGGCUUCCUGAGACGAGUCCAGACUCACCCUGUUCCUGUGCCCGACUUGCUAUUCCUGCGCUUUCACGUCAGUAGAUGGGCGGGGCACUCCACCCAUGCUCUCUGCUGCAUGGGCACUUGGCUUUUUGGUCACAGGGCACUGCCCGUCUUUGGUUAUGGUCUUCCGCCUCCCUGCUGGGUGUUCGUAAUCUUUCACUCGCCCCCUCCUCUGAGCACUGUUCUGCCUUCUGCUUCUGGAGCUGUUGGGACAGGAGGGCCCAGGAUGGUGACAGCAGGGCUUGAUGGUGUUGCUGAGGUCAGGAAGGAGCCAUAGCUACGGCAGUGGCAACGCGGUCCUAGCACAGACAGCCCACGUGCCUUGGCUUGGGAAAGAGCCGUGGAAAAGCUGGGGAGAAGGCCUGGGUGGAGGCCAAACCCCCUGAGUGCCGCCCACGCCCUAGGCUGAUCGCUGGUGAUUAGAGGAAGCUCUUGACAUUUAUUUUUCUGUGAUUUACUUUUCCAGAAUUCUCUUGCUAACAGCGCUUGCCCCUUGCCUCUGAUCUCCGGCUCCCCCGCAGGGCGUCUGGUAAGAGCCCCCUAGGAGCCGCAUAGUAAGGGCAGUUUGUUUGACCUGUCCUCCUUGCGGUAGGCUGGCGUGUCCCCCCACCUGCUUUUCUCCCAGUUGUGGCCUCCCUGGGUGGGUCCCUGCCAUUCUUCUAGUGUCACUGAAGCCCAGGUGCGGCACCUGCCUGCCCCAGAAUUAUCGCUGAGUAGAAUGGUACAGGUCCAAGGACAGGGCUGGGCUGGGAGCCAGGCAUUCCCAGCUUGGACACGCACUCCCUUGACUCCUCUGUGGCCUUAGGUAAGUCACUGAGUCUCCCUGCCUCAGUUUCCCCAUCCGUAAAAUGGGGAUAAUAAUACUUGCUUGCCCUGCCUUGCAGGAGGUGAUGUGAGGAUGGCAGCCUUAAUGCCUAGCAAGUGCUCUGUUAAGUGCUAAGUAUUAUUAUCUGGCCAUGUUUCCUCCCUGAGGGAGUGCUGUACCCUAAGGUGUUUGUGAUUGCUACACAGCAGGGUUUUGCUCAUAUCGCACCUGUAAGUGGAGCCCUCUUGGCAUCGCACCCUGUGCAGUGGAAGGCAAGGCCAGGGCGCGGGAGCCCAGUGCUCUCCUUGGGAAUGGGGCUGGCAGCACGGUGCCUGGCACCAAUGGGCAUGGCCUUCGGGGCAGUUUUGUGCCAGACAUCCCAGCAGGUGGUGCGUGUCCGGAGAGCUGGUAGCCGUGUGCUCCUGAGAGGCAUCACGUGUGUCGCUAAGCGGGGGAACUGCCAUCUGUACUAUUUUUGUAAAACCGAACAAAGCUGCUGUCGACUGAACGAACUCCAAUGUGAUGUAAGUUAUUGUUGCCAAAGAGUUUAUCGCGGGGCGAGGUCUCUGUUGUUUUUUAUUUUUAUUUGUUCGAGGCUUAGGAUAAUUGUGCAAUUCCGACUUCCCGAAGGAAAAGAGACUAAAUGGAGCAGAGAGCAGCCUCGAAGUCAGGGGUUUGUUUCCUUUUGGGCCUAUAGACCAAACGCGGAGGUGAGAAAUCAGCCCCCCCAUCACUGGCCUUGCCCGCUGGCAGUCUCUGGGGAGGGCGGGGGCGUGUGGCAUCGCUGUUUGAAUUUGCUUUGUUUUCGAUCCUGUCGUGCCUGGGGAGUGCUGUGUGUUUGGCGGAGGUAGCAAACCGGGCGCCGUGCUUAGCGCGCCCCCCCCCCCCCCCCAAUGUGCAAUGGCGCUGGCUUCCAUGGGCAUUUCACUCUUGGAUUGUGACUGUGGGGCAUGAAAAGCACUUUAACUUCUCCCUCCAUCGGCUCCUCCCCCGGGUCCCUAGCUCUGCUUGCCUCCCUCUGCUCCUGGCUGGGUUGUUUCCCCUCGCAUUGCCCCGGCUACCUGCAUGGCCUGGCCCCUGUGCAGCGAGGUCGGUGGGUUUGCCAGUGUAGGAAGGCAGGGCCGCGGUGUGACCUCUGGAGCAGGCGGUGCCAGGCUGAUGGCCCGGGCCCUGCUUCGCGCUGGUGUGAGGGAUGCCCGGGACUGCCAUUUGCACAGUCACCGUUCGGAGGGGUGGUGGGAGUUCUGCACGUGCCGCUGGGAAGUAAGAGGCUGUGCCUUGCCCCCGCCCUGAUCGCAGCUCACCUCGGCCUCCCCAGCGGCCCAGCAUCCUCUGCCGGCCCGUGGCUUGGACUAGCAGCCCCAGCCCCUCCUGUUCCACGGGGCACGGGGGUUGCUGGAUGCACGUCCAUGUGGAUGUGCAGUGACCGUUCCUUCAGGCCCUGUAUGGGCCAGCCCAGAGACCGGGCCCUCGGCUUUGGCUGGGCCAUACACACUUCCCGCUAUGUGGGGCUCAGACGGGGCAGAGGCCCUGGCCCCAUCCCUCUGCGUGAGUGGUGACUGCACCCGUAGCGAUGGCGAAGCCCUGCUCCCUGGUCUGCUGCAGCGCCCUCUCCCCAGCCAGGACAGCCUUUCUCCCUCCAGGGCGGAGUCCCAGGGGCUGUGUCCUCCACUGCCAGGGGCAGCCGGUUUGAUUCUUGCCAUGUUGCUCUUGCAAGCCUGCGCCCACCCCCAGGGGAGCUCACUUACCGCUGACCACUUCUUGUCUGCACUGCCCAUAGCAUUUGGGGCUCCACUGGGCAGCUGCCUUUGUUUGCUGGAGACCAGGGCUGGCCCUUCACACUUGCCUGCCUCCCUUUUACGGAAAGGCCAAGUGCUGUUGGCAGGGGUUUGGCUCAACACUUGCAGACGUUAGGACCAGGCUAACCCAUUUACACCUGUGUCACACUCUCCAGCAGCAUUGCAUGGAGCGUGUGGGUGCUCGCUGGCUCACCCUGUCGCUGCCACGGGGGAAUGUCAGCGUCCCAGCGCACAAAGGGAGCCGCUGGCUCCUUGGUGCUUUUGCGGCAUGACGGAUUGGUCUGCACAGCAGGGAUGCGAGGCCGAGUGCUUUGCUGGCCCUGGGGCUGCACUGCUGGAGUGAUGGGAGGCAGCUGAGCAAACAGCCGGGGCUUGGAGCAAGAAGCGAUGCGCUCUGUCCCCAGGACACCAGCCUGAGCUUGCUGAACCUCCAUGGGUGCAGGACUUGAGCCCCGUGUUCUGGCGCUGACCAUGGCCAGUGCCAGCUGUCUUAGAGGAAGGUGUAAGAACCCUGGAGCAACAGCUGUUGGCUGCUCUGCCCCCCAGGUUGGGGCUCGGCGAGGCUCUCGAAGCUAGAGAGCAGCUUCAGCCCUGAAGCCGCUGAUGUCAGAUCCCUGCCAACAUUUCUGGCAGCAUAAAUGACAACGCUGGCUUGUCUGGCUCCCUAGCCAUGCCCAAGCCUUUCUUGACUGGUACGUUUGUGGGCUGCCCGACUUCCCGGGGCUACAGGCUACUUACACCGUGUGCAGAAAAUAUUUCCUGUUCGCGUGCUUGACUUCUCCACCAAGGAAUGGGCCCUUGUUCCAACCCCUCGCGUCGCUAGCCCCGUCAGUAGAAACUUAGCGUUGGCCCCUCUUAUUUGUCUCCACGCUAAGGAAGGGCCCAAGCUGCACUGCGCGUCUGCUGAGACCGCUCCUGGCCCUGCCUCAGUCUCCUUGCCCUCCUCUGGCCCCCCCCCCCCCAUGGUCUGCUGUAUCUUUUGGCUGGAAGUGUAACGAGCACGGUCCACAGGCUCCAGAUGGAGCCACCCCAGUGACUUCGAUUAGAGCAGGAGUUCUCAAACGUCCUGCACCGCGACACCCCCCUCCCUGCUGACAACAAAAAUUACUACAUGACACCGGGAAGGGGGAACCGAAGCCCGAGCCCUGCCGGGGUGAGGGGGUAGGAGGGCAAAGCUUGAGGGCUUCAGCCUGGGCGGUGGGGCUCGGCCCUUGGCUUCAGCCCCAAGCCCCAGCAAGUCCAAUGCCAGCCCUGGCGACCCCAUUAAAAUGGGGUUGCGAUCCACUGUUAAUAACCGCUGCAUUAGAGUGUCAUCCCUGCGGCUGUAGCCUAGGCCUUAUACAGCCCUCCAGUGUGUUAGUGCCUGACUGCAGCUGCGCAGGCCCUUGUGCUGUGGACGCCGAUGCCCGGCGCUGCGGGCUCAGCUGAGCCAGUUAUUCUGUCACCCAGCGACCUGCGCAAGGCGUUUCAUUUUUUUCUUCCCAUGCGCAUUCCAGCCCAUUGCAUUUGUCAGCGUGUUCCCCUGGUGUGUGUCGGGCUCACGCUCGCUCCCGCUCCUGUCCCAUCCUGACUAAAUAACUUCCCGUCAGCUGCGUAGUUCGCUAGCUCCCUGCUCACACACCCCCCCCUCCCUCGCCAGCUUAUUAAACACAUCACAGGCCUGAGGCUGGUGCCGAGAGGCCCCCUGCUCUUAGCCUUGUGCAGUGAUGCAAAGGAGCCAUGCACGCCUGGUCUGUGCGGGCAGGCGCCGAGCCAUGACAACACUUUGCUGCUCACACAUCAGGACCCUGCCCCCAAGCGUCUUUAGCAGCCUCUUGUGUAGGACCUUGUCAAAGGCCAUUUGAAAGUGGAAAUUAACGGUCACCUCUGGACACGUUCAAUGAAUUCUAGAGCUAAUGGCAGCCUCAAAGCCUGAGCAGCUGGGUUGCUCCUGGCCCUUGGCUUAUUCCCUGUCCCAUGACGGUCAGAAACCCCCGGCUGGAGCACCAGCAGCCCAGCCCUGAGUCAGCAGCUGCAUUUAUUGUCGAGCAAUAUUGACUCAAGUGCCAGCAGCCCUUUGCCACUCAAGCAGCUUACCGCACUUCAGUGCGCCACGUGGGCGUGAACUGGUGCAAGAGCCAGUGGCUGCCUUGCACGUGGGAAGACGUAGGCGGAAUAACAGUGAAAAGACUCAUCAGCAUUUAGCGUCGCCUGAGGCCCCUUUAUUUCAGCACACGGUCUUGCCAUGUGCUGCUCUUAAAUAUUCAUCAGGGCUGGAGCAGCUCAGGUGGCUCCAAAGACUGAGCACGGGGCGGGGGGGGGUGGUGGAUUAAAGCCCGGAUGAGUACUAAGCAGGUGCUUCCUUGCACCAUCAGCUUGGUGUGGUGUUUAAUUAACAGCCUCACCGCCUUGCCAGGGUGAUGGGCCAAGGCAUCGUCUGCUGCCCCAGCUGAAGCUGACUCAGCCCACAGUGUCUUGGCACCAGCUCACCCUCCCGUUGCAAACAAGCAGGGAACUGGGUCUUGGGCCUAGCGCGCCUGUCCUCCCCUGGCUGCAGCAUGACCCUCUGGGGCUUUAAUCCUGAGUCUACUCCAUGAGGCAUUUGUAAUUUAACCCUUUUUUAAAACUGCUGUCCUUCUUCGCUUGUUUGCUAACCCGCUCAAGGCUGCACCUGGAGCACCGACAUCCUGUGUGUGUGUGAGCAGUCACCUUCUUCUCACACUCACCUCCCCCCCCCCCCCCAACAGCACCCUGGGUGGGGCAAGCAUGGUGCCUUGCUUCCCAUGUGCACACCUCUCCUCCCUGCUAGCACAGAGUAGAGGCAAACUGAAAAUAAGCUAAAAUCCCCUCCUGCCCUGUGAUCCCACCCUGGCUAGGCCCUUCAUGUGCAACCACAUCUGGCUCAUUAUUGCCUAGACCAGGGAGCUGCUUUAGCUGCAAACUGCCUGCUGCUUCUCUUCCCUUGGAGAAGUAAAUAUUUUGAAUUAGUGGCCCCUCCCCACCACCUGGGAGAGUUUUUUUUUUAAAAGGCCAUGGCCCCGGUGCGCUCAAGCCCUACAACACAGCUCACAGCGGGAGGGAGCUGUGCGAGGCAAAGCAAUGGGGGAUGUGUUGAAGCAGCUGGUUUGGGGUGAGGGAGCCCCAUGGCGCAGGACAGGGGCAGCAAAGAGCAGCUGCAGGGGAGCUUGGAAGAAGCAGUGUUACUACUCCCACAGUAACCAGCCUCCCAUGCUCUCUGCCCCAGCCAGGCAGGGAGUCAGGCAUUGGAGGGUUUCUUUCAGCAUGAGGUAAGUUUUGCACUACUGUGGGUGUUAGCCACAGCCCUGCUCUGCAGAGCAACGCACCCCUGGCUGUCUAGGCCUGAAAGGUGCCUAAGGCCAAAGCAGGUGAUGGGAGGUUAGCUAAUAACUGUGCUGGGUGCAGGAACGGUUAAUCCCUUUUCAUCUCCCCGUCAUUCCUUCCUUCUGGCUCUGGGGAAAGCUAGGGGCAGACCCCCAGGGUUUGGUCUAUAGAGUCAAAAGCAUCUGCCUCUCUGGGGCAGCAUGAGGCCAGAGCUGCAUCUUGGCUAUUUUUUUUUUCCAAUCGAAAGGCUAGUACAUUGUAUAUUUUAUCAAUACGGGUCAUAAUUGCUGUAUUUUUUAUCAGUGCUGAUUUCCAUACAGCUCCCAGCAUGUGUGUCAAAUAUCAUUGGGCCAAUAAUAAAGUUUUUAAAAUAGC